AUUGCAUUUACUCUCGUGAUCACAAUCGGCGCAAAUGUCGUUCCCAUUGAUCUUCAAGAGCUCAAACAGACGCCUUCGGUUACUUUCACUCAUUUUCAAGCAGCCAAAUUCAGACACUUGCAAAUCGCUUUCCCGGAGACACCGGUCGACGAUUUGCUCAAAAUACUGACCAAAGACUUUGUCAAAGAGGGCUUCCUAUGGAAAACUGGGCCCCGAGUGAGCGAUUCAUACAAAAAACGAUGGUUUGUUUUGGACGACAGGAAACUCAUGUAUUUGGAUCAGCCUCUGGAGGCGUACCCGAAGGGCGAGAUAUUUUUGGGCGACUCUAACGAGGGAUUUAUUGUCAAAUCGGGAGUUCCGCCGGGAAUGAAGGAACUCGAGAGCGGAUACUCUUUUACAUUAGUCACACCGGAGAGGACGUGGCUCUUCGCGGCCUCGAGUACUGAUGAUCGCCAGUCGUGGAUGAAAGCACUGGAAUCGGUGAUCAAUCAGACGUCUUCGGCGCCCGACGAUGCCAUGCAAGAGACGGUUCGCAACGAUUUGCGCCACUCUUACGCCAGAAAAAGUCGAGGCAAUGUGAGAGCACAGGGAGGGAAAGGGAACAAACACAUCAAUGGCAUACAUCGGCUGUAA